AUGGCGAAACCGGGGCAGUUUGAAGCUGAAGUUGUAUUAAGGAGUGCUUUUGGAACUGCUGCAAAACGUCAGUAUUUUGUGCUGGCCGGAAGAUCUCUUGGUCAUGUAGCAUCUCAUUCAAGAUAUAUUCAUGAUAUUCUUGCUAUUGAAAACAAUUGCUGUAAUGUUAAUAAGUUGCCCAUAUCCAUUGUGGAUUUCCACAUAAUGCUUGUAAUUAGAAUGACUACAAGAUACUUUGUACACAGAAAAACCAACAAAGUGGAGUCAAUCACAUGCGGCAACUUCAUGGGCUUGAAGGAUCACUUGAAGCAUGACCUCGGUCACCUCUAUGAGGAUACAUCAGAGACUCAAAUAAGUGCAAUUGCACCUUGGUCAAUGAUAGAAAAACCAACUAUGGAUAAAAUUAAUUCUAGAAAGGAGGAUCCUAAGAAAGAACUAUCUGAAGAAACCAGAACCUUCAGUUGUGAUUCUGAGGAAAAUACAAAUUCUGAUAAUGAAUUGGGAAAAGCAGCUAAAAUUAGAACAGAACCAUGCUCCUUAUCUAAGGAUCACAGACAGACGUAUUCAUGUUUAGAACCACAUAUUCGAAAGCGCAAUGAAAUUUUACAAGACAUUAAGUUGGAGGAAGUUCAGAUAGGAUCUAAAGAAAUUAAAAAACCUCCUGAUAUGGUGAAAGAAUAUCAAACCAAACUUGACUUUGCACUUAAGUUAGGUUACUCUGAAGAACAAAUUCAACUUGUGCUGAAUAAACUUGGUACUGAUGCUUUAAUCAAUGAUAUAUUGGGGGAACUUGUCAAACUUGGAAAUAAAACUGAGGCAGAUCAGAAUGUAAUUUCUAUUAACACUAGUGUAAUGCGAGAAGCAUCUUCCAUUGAUUCUCAGAGAUCUGACUCUCCCCUUCAGGAGGAUGUGCUUGUGGAUGGUGACAACCUGAGGCCAAUAGUUAUUGAUGGCAGCAAUGUGGCAAUGAGCCAUGGAAACAAAGAAGUAUUCUCUUGUCGUGGGAUAAAACUGGCCGUGGAUUGGUUUUUGGAAAGAGGACACAAAGAUGUCACAGUGUUUGUUCCAGCAUGGAGAAAAGAACAGUCACGACCAGAUGCACUCAUUACAGAUCAAGAAAUCUUGCGUAAAUUAGAAAAAGAGAAAAUUCUGGUAUUCACGCCAUCACGUCGAGUUCAAGGGAGAAGGGUGGUAUGCUAUGACGACAGAUUCAUAGUGAAGUUGGCUUUUGAGUCAGAUGGUAUAAUUGUAUCUAAUGAUAAUUACAGAGAUCUAGCUAAUGAAAAGCCAGAAUGGAAGAAAUUUAUUGAUGAGCGACUCCUGAUGUAUUCAUUUGUCAAUGACAAAUUCAUGCCUCCAGACGAUCCUCUCGGCCGUCAUGGCCCAAGUCUGGAGAACUUUUUGAGGAAGAAACCUGUUGUACCAGAACAUAAGAAGCAACCCUGUCCAUAUGGGAAGAAAUGCACUUAUGGACACAAAUGCAAAUAUUAUCACCCAGAAAGAGGAAAUCAACCUCAGAGGUCAGUAGCUGAUGAACUUCGUGCCAUGUCUAGGAACACAGCUGCCAAAGCUGCUAGUGAAGGAGGACUGGUGAAAAGCAACAGUGUUCCUUGUAGUACUAAGACAGAUAACACUACAGAUCUCAAGCGAACUACUCCAAAGAGGCAAUCAGAUCCUAGUAUAAGGACUCAAGUCUACCAAGACUUGGAAGAAAAGCUUCCCACCAAAAAUAAAUUGGGAACCAGAUCUGUACCUUCUUUAGUUAGUAUACCAACUUCUGCUGCUGCAAAACCCCAAAGUACUGCACCUUUAACUAAUGGCCUUCCAUCUGGAGUUCAUUUCCCACCUCAGGAUCAAAGACCACAGGGACCAUAUUCUCCAGUGAUAAUGACAACCAAAAAUCAUGGAACGCCAAUGCCUUAUGAGCAAUAUCCCAAAUGUGAUUCUCCUGUGGAUGUAGGUUAUUACUCUAUGCUCAGUGCAUAUUCAAACCUAAGUAUCUCUGGUCCCCGAAGUCCCGAAAGACGUUUCUCUUUGGACACAGAUUACAGAAUUAGUUCGGUAGCUUCUGAUUGUAGUAGUGAAGGGAGCAUGAGUUGUGGCAGUAGUGAUUCCUACAUGGGUUACAAUGAUCGAUCCUAUGUGAGUUCUCCUGACCCUCAACUGGAAGAAAAUUUAAAAUGUCAACAUAUGCAUCCCCAUAGCCAUCUGAACUCGCAGUCCUUCUUACAGAGUUACCACGAUACACUAACCAGAGUGCAAAGUUAUAGUCAUGAAGAACCAAAGCAUCAUCCGAAGCCUCCAGUUCCAUACAUGGCUGUGCACUUUCAGCAUCCAAACAUGGGAAGCCGUUCUACUUGUCCUAUUGACUACCCUGCUUCUCAGGGUUCACAGCAUUCAAAAAGCAUGCCUCUGGGGAGAGCUCUUGCAUCCACAAGACUGGACAGUAUAUCAGACUCACGUUUGUAUGAUAAUUCUCCAUUGAGAAAAAGAAAAACAUACUCCGCUCAAGAUGGACUCAGUAGUUGGGAUAGGCCAGGCUAUGGGAUGGAUACAUAUGGCUAUCGCCAAACUUACUCUUUACCCAGCAAUCCCACCCCACCAUGUUAUGAGCAGUUUGCUUUCCAAAGCUUACCUGAGCAACCCGAUCAGCCUUGGCAGAUACCUUACUGUGGAAUGCCUCAAGAUCUUCCAAGGUACCAAGACAGUCGAGAGAAAGUCUACAUCAACCUGUGCAACAUUUUCCCGCCUGACCUGGUGAGGAUUGUUAUGAAGAGGAAUCCUCACAUGGCAGAUGCUCAGCAGCUUGCUGCAGCCAUUUUAGUGGAGAAGUCUCAGCUAGGUUAUUGAUGACGCAUCUUUAUGGUGUCUAUAGUUCAGUUUCAGCUGUAUUGCUGAGGGAGGUUUGCUACAAUAGCAUUUGUGAUCUCCUUCUCAGCAAGGAGGUUAUAUAGUAAUCCAUAUAUGUGAAAUACUGUGCCAUGGAACCUGUAUGUAUAACCCCACACUGGAAGUAACAGGAUUUAUUUUAAAUACUCAAGUUUUUUUAAAAAAAAUAUUUCAUGGCUGGAAUGUCUCUCCAGCUGAAUAUAUUAUAACUAUGAUGUCUCAAGUAAGAAUCUCUAGUGCAUGUGGGU